CGCCGAACCUCCGUUUUGCACAAUCUCCAACGUCGGGUCAUCUCUUGCUAAGCUUGACUUCACAUCUCGCAGUCCCUUCCGUCACACCACCCUGUCAAUUGGAUUUCCACACACCAUCCCCUGGGAUCUCUCACAAUGUCCGCCCCUUCCCUUACCAACUUCAUCGUCAAGCGCCCAUGGCUCAAGCGCUGGAUGACGCCGCUCGCCCAGUGGUACACUGACGCCGCCGGCUACAGAAGACUUGGUCUCAAGGCCGACGACCUGAUCCCCGAGGAGAGCGACGUUGUUCAGACCGCUCUCAAGCGUCUUCCUCCCAAGGAGGCCUAUGACCGCAUCUUCCGCAUCCGCAGAGCAUUGCAGUGCUCCGUCUCUCACACCCUUCUCCCCGCUGCUGAGCAGACCAAGCCUGAGGAGGAUGUCGAGUACCUGAGCCCCAUUAUCCGCGAGAUCGAGAAGGAGAAGAAGGAGCGCGAAGACCUUGACAGCCUCGUCGUUCGCCGGUAAACAAUCCUUUGAUUCGAGCCCUUUCUUACCGGAGUUAGACUAUCAUCGUCGGAAAUCGUGGACGUUCGGGAUAGAGAUGAGAAAACUUCUGUUCUUGUCCGGUUCAGCUAAGAUGCUGCUCGCCGCUGGCAUCCAGCUACAGCUUAAUGGAACCUUUUUAUAUGCUCAACCACGUGUACUGAUACUGUACAAAUUCAUCUGUCAUUGCCUUCUGCUCCAAGUCAAUUCCAUCUGCAUCUGUCCUAAACGGUAAACGCUC